ACCACCGUCUCCCCUCCUUCCCCGCCGCGACUACCGACGCGUCGAGCCAUUCGCUCAGCCCGUUGCAGCGAGCAGCUUGCUACUCGCGAGGACGUUGUGUCCUCUCUUCUGGACUUUAGCAUGCUUCAGGCUCGUCAGGAGCGACUCACCCUCCAUGUCGCUGCAUUGCGUCGCCUUCUUGCCAUCCACUCUGACCCUGAUCGCACCCUCCCGAUCAUCCCAGUACGACUCGGGACCUCCACGAGGGUGUACUCAGUGCUGUGGGAUUCUGGUUCUCAGGGCGACUUCAUUCACCCACGCGUGGUGAAGGAAGCCUGCUUACCCACGACAGGGUCUCCGACUCCCAUCUCCGUUACCCUAGGGGAUGACAAGACCCAGCGCUUCUUCGAUCAGACGGUCACCGACCUCCCCUUCUUUCUCACUCUCGAGCCGACUAAUCGUUCCCCGGCGUCUCGUCGCCACCGCUCCUCUGCACAUUUUGAUGUGAUGGAGACGGGGUACGACUUCAUUCUCAGCACUCCGUGGUCUCGUCGGUUCCGCAGCACCGAGGCCGAUUGGGCGACCAACACUCUCGUUCUCAAAACGAAGUGUGGACAGACGUAUCGCGUACCUUUCAUAGGUACCACGGCGAUAUCACGCCCCGAUCCUCCUCCCCCGGAGCCGUCAGUGCCCACACCAUCCCCCUCUAUCACUGUCACCUCGCCUCGGCAGUUCGCUCACUUCAUUCAACAGGACGACGUCACCUUCUUUAUGGUGGAUGUGACGGAUCUCUUACACUAUGAUCCACCCUGUCCCGACGCCGAGCUCAUCCCUCUGGAGCCAGAUCCUCCCUCUAUCUCCAUGGCUCCCAUCUCUACUUCCGUCCCUCCGCCGUCCGUCGAGUCCACCCCGCCGUCAGGCGCUGACGCUGACGCUGAGGAACUCGCACGAUAUACGGCUGACCUGGAGCCCGCAGUUCGUGACCUCAUCCGAGAGUACCGCAACGUUUUCCCAUCGUCGUUCUCGUACGCCAGCAUCCCACCGAUGCGUGACAUCGAGCACUCCAUUCAGCUUGUGCCUGACUAUCGUGUUCACCACCAGGCACCCUACCGACUCUCGAUUCCCGAGGCCACCGAACUCAAGCGUCAGCUUGAGGAGCUCUUGAGACUGGGUUUCAUUAAACCCAGCAACUCCCCGUGGGGUGCACCCGUCCUCUUUGCUCGCAAAGCGGAUGAAACUUUCCAUCUCUGCAUCGACUAUCGCGGUCUCAACCGCUACACGGUUAAGAACAGCUACCCCAUGCCUCGUUCCGAUGAGCUGUUCGACCGCCUAGCAGGCAACCGCUUCUUUAUGAAGAUUGAUCUUCGUAGCGGUUACCAUCAGAUCCGCGUCGCUGCAGCUGACCAGCCGAAGACAGCGUUCCGAUCGCGCUUCGGCCACCACGAGUUUACGGUGAUGCCAUUCGGCCUCACCAAUGCACCCGCCACCUUCCAGAGGGCGAUGAACGACAUCUUCAGGGACAUCCUGGAGCAGUACGUUCUCGUCUACCUCGACGAUUUCCUGGUCUACAGUCGUACCCUUGAGAAGCACCUCAGACACCUCCGCGACGUCCUUGACCGCUUGUGCAGACAUGGCUUCUACGCCAAGCUGAGCAAGUGCCGCUUUGCCCAGCACAAAGUGGAUUUCUUAGGACACUACGUGUCUGACCAGGGUCUCCACAUGGACGACGCGAAGAUCACUGCUAUUGUGGAGUGGCCCGCCCCCACAUUCGCCAAGCAGCUUCGCAACUUCCUUGGCCUAACCAGCUACUAUAGUAAUUUCAUCCGGGGAUACGCUAGGUAUUCCUACGUCCUUACCUCCACCCUCCUCCGGAAGAACCCACCCUGGGCUUGGACACCCCUCCACGAGGACGCCUUCCGCGCCCUCAAGAAGGCGGUGACAUGCGCACCGGUUCUUCACCUACCCGAUUUCGAUCGCCCUUUUAUCCUUACCACCGAUGCGUCAGACUUUGCUGUAGGAGCAGUGCUUUCUCAGGUCUUCCCCUCCUCUCCUGAUUCCUCCCAUCCUCGUAUCCCUUGCUUCCCACCACCUACCCCUACCACUGCUUCCCGACUGAUGCCUACUUGUCCAACUACUGACGAACCCUCUAUUGACUAUUCUCCUACCAUCACCGAGGACGGCACUGUCGAGUCUCGCUCAAGUGAUUGUCUGAUAGCCUUCUACUCCCGUCAGCUCCUGCCCGCCGAGAUAAACUACACUGCUGAUGAACGUGAGUUUCUCGCAAUAGUUUAUGCCGCUCGACACUGGCGUCACUACCUGCACGGGGCACUAUUCACGGUGCGCACGGACAACUCUGUUGUCCAGGCUUUUCUGACAAAGCCGAAGUUCACUGCUCGACAGGCUCGCUGGUGGCGCGACCUAUCCGAGUUUAGUUUCACCACUGAGCACAUCAAGGGUGAGACUAAUCGGGUCGCAGAUGCCCUAUCCCGGCGCCCUGACCACGACCAGGAGCACAUCCAACGCUCUUCCAUCUCGGUCACCACCGUCCACCACUCGGUGAUCGACGAGUUUCGCAYUCAGUACCGCCACUGCCCCGACUAUCGCGACAUCCACGUGACYCUUCGGAGUGGAAAGACCGUCCCGAACUACUCUCUCGGGGACAACGGUCUUGUGUACUGGCACGGUUCACAGGACACCAGAGAGCCCCGUAUUUGCGUUCCCUCCACUGGACAGCUACGUGUCCGAGCAGUAGCAGAGUUCCAUGACCAGGCAGCUGCCAGUCAUAAGGGCUUCCACAAGACGUUGGCUCGUGUGAGCCGCCUGUACGUCUGGCCGAAGCGCAAGGACUUUGUGAAGGAUUACGUCAUAGAUGCACGUGAGGUCACCGACAUCGUGUUCGACCAAGUUGUGCGUGACCACGGCUUACCUCUGAGCAUCAUAUCUGACCGUGACCCGCGCUUUACCAGCCGAUUCUGGCGACGACUUCACGAGGUAUACGGCACUCAGCUCCGCUUCUCCUCGUCUUACCAUCCUCAGACUGAUGGUCAAACCGAGAUCACGAACAGGACUCUCGGAGAUAUUCUUCRAAAGAUUGUUCGUGACGACCAGCAGUGGGAUCUUCAUCUUGCCCACGCGGAGAUAGCCUACAACCACGCCGUCUCGCCAGCCACGGGGAUGUCGCCUUACUAUUGCGACCUCGGUUAUUACCCUCGUGUUCCCGCGGAGCUCCUUCGACCGUCCCAGAUGCACCCUGACACGAGUUGUCCCGCGCUGGAUGAUUGGGUUGCACACAUGACGUCGAUUAUGAAGACCGCACAUGAGCACAUAGCCGCUUCCCAGACUCGCAUGGCACGUGCGAACCGAUCGAGAAUGGAUCAUCCAUUCAAAGUCGGUGAUGAUGUGCUUAUCGACGCCCGCCACUUACAGCUCGAAGCGGACACGCUUCGCAAGUUUCGGCGUCGCUUCUUUGACCCAUGCCGCAUCCUCCAGGCCGUCGGUUCUGAUACGGCAUUUAGCCCGGUCAGCUUUCGUGUGCAGCUGCCCGACUACCUACACCAGGCUCGUGUGCAUGAUGUCUACCACGUCUCAUUACUGCGUCCUUACCGCAGACCGUCGGAGCGUUUCGCUGGACGACCAUACGAGCGCCCUCCACCCAUCAUGGUGGACGGUUACGAGGAGUUCCUCGUUUCAGACAUCAUUGGUCGCCGAGUCACCGACGACAACCCUCCCCACGUCGAGUAUCUCGUACGUUGGAAGGGUUACCCUGAUGAGGAGGCUACCUGGGAGCCCCUCGAGCACUUGCAGCACGCUCGYAUGUUGGUGCGUGCCUAUGACCGUGCUCGUCGUGCUGGGUUCACUGCUCCUCCUCAACCCACAGACCCUCCUCCUUCUCCUCCGGCUGAGGAGACCGCUGAAGUUGAGCCUGCUCCAUCUGAGGCAGACCUUCAGCAGCAGCCGGAUGCUUCUGAGCGUCCACAGCGCACUCGUCGYCGUCCUGCUCGAUACGACGAUUGACUCUGACUUACCUUUCCACGUCUUUGACUUCUCAAUACUCCAUCCACAUCAGUUUUGCUACUUCAGCUU